CUCAAGUAUCGUUUACUACAUCGGCUUGUUGCCACGCCUAAUACUUCUCUUCUGCAACUUCAGCUCUCCACCUUUUCAUCAAAUAACUCUCUAGAUUUCGCAUACGCUGACGUACCGUCCAAGUGUCCCAUCAUGAAUCCCGAAUACGAUUAUCUCUUCAAGCUGCUCCUCAUCGGAGACUCUGGUGUUGGAAAGUCGUGCUUGCUCCUCCGUUUUGCCGACGAUACCUACACGGAGAGCUACAUCUCCACCAUCGGAGUUGACUUCAAAAUCCGUACCAUCGAGCUGGAUGGAAAGACGGUGAAACUCCAGAUCUGGGAUACUGCGGGCCAGGAACGUUUCCGGACAAUCACUUCUUCUUACUACCGUGGUGCUCAUGGAAUCUGUGUCGUUUACGAUGUUACCGACAUGGACUCUUUCAACAAUGUGAAGCAGUGGCUUCAAGAGAUUGAUCGCUACGCCACCGAAGGCGUCAACAAGCUCCUUGUCGGAAACAAGAGCGAUAUGGAGGACAAGAAGGUCGUUGAAUACACAGUGGCUAAGGAAUUCGCCGACAGCCUUGGAAUUCCGUUCUUGGAGACCUCGGCAAAGAACGCUUCGAAUGUAGAGCAGGCUUUCUUGACAAUGGCGAGACAGAUCAAGGAACGCAUGGGCACCGCGACUGUCAACAACAAGCCAACUGUGCAGGUUGGCCAAGGCCAGGGCGUUCAAUCCGGCUCCGCGGGCGGCUGCUGCUAGACUAUUGAUGAUCCUGAUCCCGCGUUGCAUUACGCCAUCUUGAGACGGGGUGAAAAUUUGGUGAUUAAAGAAGAGGAGCCACGAGGGAGGCUACCUAUUGCACCCUGCUGCCGGGCAGUCUUCCUCGAAUGCUAGCAUUAUCUUAAAUGUUCUAUGCUGGCAAUGGUCACCGGGAGUAGUUUUCUUUUUCAUGCUUUAGAAGGCUUUCGUUUCGUCUUUAUACAUGGUGCACUAUGGAUAAUUUUCUGUGUCCUCAGGUUUUCCCUUUCCUCCUCUCGGUCAUCUAUCUUCCCCUUCCCUAUCUUUCCCGUCGCUAUUGUCUUGCUCGUGGCCUUUCUCUAACUCGAAGCAUUUUCUAUCU